UAUAUCAAGAUGCUGAUCGAGAACGACCAAUCUGUGGAUUGGUAUUACGCCAUCUCACCCAAGGUGCUCAACUGGACUUUGUUGGCAGGCUACUUCGUUCUCCCUUCCACGUUCACGACCGUGAAUCGCUCCGAAGCUUUCAACACCAUGAUGGAAGACAAUGAGGUUGUGCUAAAGGCAUUUCAGAAUCCUCCUUUACUUGGACUUGCACUGUUCUUGUUUAUUGUUUCUCUGAUAGGGUUGACUUGUAUAUGGUGGGUCUGGAAGUGCAAUUAUAUCUGGACUCUUAACAACAUCAUC